UCCUAUAACAUCAAUUUUACUAAUCACAUCGUGUCCAUCAGGCUCUGGCGCAGCUUCUUGAAAAGUCAUAGCUAACUUGCACCUCAUGUUAUAAACUUGCAUAACACUACUGUAACGAAAUGACGAUGACCACUCAACCGCUUAUCCCCCUACCCUCUCAUGACCAUACGCGGCGGCCCUCCCAAAGGCCAAUUGCACAACCCCGACCAAUUUCUCCGCGCAUGAACCUACUCGAUGCAGCUGAGAUCGACCGUUUCGCCACUUUGUUCUCCCCCGCAACGCCCCCUGCAACCCCAACACCUGUCCUUCGUGAUCAGCCCCAAACAUCAGCUCGCCCACAGCACAAAAAUCGUGCGGCCAGCAUAGAUUCCGAAUUCGGUGCCUUUGUAUCGGUGCCCGCUGCUCAGGACCCGCUUUCAUUUGACUUUCCAGUGCUCGAACCUGCUGCCCUGAAGUCUCAGAGGCCUGCUAUCGCUGGGAACGCAAGCUUGCAUUACUUUGAUCAGUUCACCUCCAAUGCAAAAACGGCUUUCGAACAGAAUAGACGAGUCGUCCUCGAUGAGCUGCUGGAGCAUGAAGAUGAUCCUUUGUAUUUUCUUCGGGAGCACAGUCAACCUCCUUCAUCUCCCCUAUUCGAAUCUCAACCAACGUUGGCUCAAACUAGUAUCGUUACACAAUCACCGUCUCCAAUACCACAAACUGGGAACUUAAUUGAUGUAGAUAUCGAGCCUCCUCCUUCUCCCCCACACAAAUUGCCUGUGCUUGCUACGAGCGUAAUCUCUCCGUCUCCCAUAAACAUACGUGCACCUCUUCCUCCCCGUCUUAGUGAAGCGGCAUCCCCUCCAUCAGCACAUAUUCCUUCCACAUCAACGUCGUCGUCUCUCUCUUCCCCAGCCACUCCUCCAGCGCAUGCCACGCUAUCCCGCCUUUCCUCCGGCUGGGUCUCGGCGUUCUUGCCAUCUGCCCGAUCUAGACAAUCCACAGGAUCUUCUACGCCAACCUUGCUAAAUUCGACGCCUAGUAACGUACCUCAACCAACACACAUGCAUGUAACGCAUCAGACGUCCGGCAUCACGCGUGGCACCCCUUUCGCCAUUCACCCUUAUAUUCCACCAUCCGGUGCCCCUGGUUUCGCAGGCGAUCGGACCUGGGACAAGGGCUUCUCAGACUCACUCCAUGACGAGGAAAUGAGUGAAGUAAAGGGGGUGCCGGGAAAAGGGAAGAAGAUGGCUGGUCUUAAGCUUGUUGGAAGGAGAGAGGGCACAUCAGUGGUGCUGAGCGAAACCGUCGCAAAUCUUAUUCGACCCCACCUUCCAGCGCUCAAUCGUCUUCCGCGAACAUGGACUCUGCUGUACUCGCUCGAUCAACACGGUAUCUCGUUGAAUACGUUGUAUUCGAGAUGUGAACCCAAGUUGCCCUCGACGCCAGGCGCAACGAAAGGAGCUCUAGUUGUUAUCAAAGAUGCAAGAGAUGCGAUUUUCGGCAUGUGGAUGGGGGAUGGGUUGUGGUUGGAAAGAGGAGGAUACUAUGGGAGUGGCGAGUCCUUCCUUUGGAGAUACCAACAUCCUUCACAUUCUUCAAGCAAAGAGGACGCACUAGAUGAGGGGACGCUUGAUGUGUACAAAUGGACAGGGAGGAAUGAUUACGUUGCGCUCUGUGAGCCAGGGUUCAUAUCUUUUGGUGGUGGAGAUGGACACUACGGUCUUUACCUUGAUGCCUCCCUCCUUGACGGAUCUUCCGCACCGUGCCCUACGUUUGACAACCCUGUUCUGUGUUCUCGUGUGGAUGUUGGGGGCGUCGGCGUUAAGAAGGAUGUGAGCUUUGAGUGUGUAGGACUGGAGGUGUGGGGUGUAGGACCUUAAUUGCUGUCGUUUUGUGAGCUGCGAUUUCUGCUUGAUUCCCUUAUUUUCAUCUGGUUUCGAAGGCGAAUGUCAUUCUAAUCUAUUUCUGCCACCGAUAGAGGACGAAGCAUACACACUAAGUACAGCACAAUGAAAUCCACACCAGCCUCACAUCGUUAAUCUGAUGCGCCUUCGAGUCUUUUCAUCCGCCAUAAUCUUACAUUCCCACCACAUCCUUUCAGAUCCUUUCACGGUUGUAUCGUUUGUU